UCGUAUAAAUAGUAAUUGACCAUCGCAGUCCGACGCAGUUACAGCAUCCUAACAUUUAGCAACUUAAUAGCGCCACAUUAAUGUACUAAUAAGAGUAAACUGUGCGUUACAAUUCUUUGUGAAUUCAGUUGUAUAGUGUAAAAACUGUUAUCAAUAUGAUAUAUAUAAUCAUUUUAUCGACGAUAGCAGGUGCUCUAAUCCUGUAUUAUUUUCUCUUUAAAAACAUGAAUUACUUCAAGAAAUAUGGAAUACCGCAUGUGAAACCUCUUCCUAUAGUUGGAAACAUGGGACCGGCUAUUUUCCGUCAGCAAUCACUGACUGAUUUUGUUAAAAUGAUGUAUAAUUUAAAUCCUAACGCCAAGUAUGUCGGCAUGUAUGAUUUUUGGCAAAAUCCAAUCAUAGUGCUCCGUGACCUUGAGCUUAUUAAAUCCGUCACAUUGAAACAUUUUGAUAACUUUAUGGACCACUUUGGUGUCCUUGAUGAACAACAAGAUCCAUUUUUCGGCAAGAACCUCAUCGCCCUUCGCGGAGACAGGUGGCGUGAAGUACGAUCUAUAUUGAGUCCGGCUUUUACAUCUAGUAAAAUGAAAAGUAUGUUUAAGCUAAUGUCGAAUUGCGGUGUUAACUUCAGCACUUAUUUGACGCAACUGCCACCAGAGAAGAGGACAAUGGAACUAAAAAACAUCUUUACAAGAUACACAAAUGACGUAAUCGCUACUUGCGCUUUUGGUAUCAGCGUUGAUUCUAUGAGAAAUCCGAAAAAUGAAUUUUUUGUGUACGGUACAGAAGCAACUAAUUUCAGCGGUUUCUCUCUUUUGAAGUUUUUUAUAAUGAGGAAUUUUCCUUGGUUAGCACGAAUAGUCAAAUUGACAUUUAUUCGUGAAAAAAUAACACAUUUUUUCCGAGAUCUUGUAAAAACUACUAUAAAAAUAAGGGAUGAUAAUGGUAUCGUUCGUCCAGACAUGUUACAAUUGAUGAUGGAAAAUAGAAGUAAAGACAAGGCGGAAUUAUCAAUUGAUGAUAUGGUAGCACAGGCAUUCAUUUUUUUCUUUGGGGGCUUCGAAAGUACCUCCACAUUAAUGUGUUUUGUCGCUCACGAAAUCGCAGUAAAUCAGGAUAUACAAAAAAGACUUCAAAAUGAGAUUAACCAGGUCUUGGAAGAAACCAACGGUGAAGCAUCUUACGAAGCUGUUAAUGGUAUGGAAUAUUUAGAUGCUGUGAUCAACGAGGCUUUGAGGAUGUAUCCGAUUGUUGUGGCAUUGGAUAGACUAUGUUUGAAAGAUUUCGAAUUACCGCCAACAUUACCAGGCAUGAAAUCUUUUACUGUAAAGAAAGGACAUGGCAUAUGGAUACCGGUUCAUGGUCUUCAUCAUGAUCCUAAUUACUUUGAAGAGCCGGAGAAGUUUGAUCCUGAAAGAUUUCUGGAUGAGCAGAAGAAAGACAGUCUCAACUGCGGAGCUUAUCUUCCUUUUGGUAUUGGUCCUAGGAUGUGCAUAGGCAACAGAUUCGCGUUAUUAGAGACGAAGGUUCUGCUUUUCCACUUGCUGGCACGUUGCGAUCUGAAACCUUGCGAGAAGACAGCAAUUCCGCUCAAGAUUGCUAAGGGUGGCCUUACCAUAAAACCUGAAAGUGGAUUCUGGUUAAGCAUAAUGCCAAGGAAUAAUAUCCAUCAUACGCCUGCAGUUAAUGCUGCUAACAAGACAGGCUAAAUAGUAAUAGUAUAAAAAUCAUUAAAAAAACAAAAUUAUCGAAAUGAAAAAUUAUAUAAUCAAAAACAAAUAUAUUAUCAAAAACAAAUAUAUUAUAUAUCAGAAAUAUAAAAAUUUUAUAUAUAUAUAUAAAAAUUAAUAUCAUGUAUGUAUAUUAGAAAUAAUUGAUUAAUGUUUGCUAAAAUAAUUAUUACAGAUAUUAUUACAGUUCAUGAAUAUUUAUUAAUUUGAUGAGUCAUAUGAAUUUUAUGAAACACAUGUCUUUAAAUAGCAUAUGUACCAUUUAAUUGGAUUAAAUGUUUGAAAAUAUAUCUGAUAAAUCGAAUAAAAGAAUAAUCAAUUGUCUGCAUGCCAAAUUUGCGACAAAUUUCUCUGUAUUGACCAAAGAGGAUUUGUAUUGGUUUCACGUUCUCUCAUGUAGUUGCAUGAUAGAUAUAACAGUCGUAUAAUGUAUUCGGCUACGUGAUUGGGCGUUUCCAGAGACACGAUACGAGCUUGUGAAUGCCGCUUUAAUGAGCGGUCGGAAGAGCGUGCGCUCCCUCAGCGGCUACUGCUCUUCUAAAGGAAUCGCGACUCGUGGCCUUCGACAGAUAAACCAGAUCCUGUCAAAUAAAGCACUUGCGUGUCGCACUAUCGUUAUUAAACCAACUGAACAUUUUGUUGCGGUUGAUUCACUUGAUUAUUAGAUACAGUUAUCUUUUAUUACCAGUGAUCCUUCUAAUUUAGAUAAUUAAUGACUGAUUAAACAACUUAAUUGUCAUUGAUCGAAUUCAAUGCCUAAUAUAUUAACAAAAUAAUGGGCAAAUAAAAUAAAAAAUGUUUAUAUUCUUGUACACUAGAAUAACAUAUAUAAUACUUUUUUAUGUAUUGUAUCUCAAUAUCUGAUAUCAAUAAAGCAAACAUGUUGAAAGCUCUGUAAA